CUUAAGGUCUCGGAGCCAUUUUCCCAGGACACUGAUCUUUUACGCCAUCUGUCGCGUGAUCUCGUGAAGUGGCGUGACAAAAUAUCACGCGAGCCCACCAUACGUCAGCAGUGUACGUGUUUUGAAAAAAAUCAAGAUGGCGGAGUACUUUGAUGAAGUUGUGCUUGAUGCGGAGGACUUGGAAAAACUCUUUGAAGCUGCAACAGAAUUUGUUCGAACUAUAAAGAAUUUAAGCGAUGAGAAAAAAUUGACUUUUUAUGCUCUUUACAAACAGGUGUGUAUUAUAUCUAUACGUAAUUUCCGUUAACUGCACAGUCCUUUAAAAUACUCACCGCACUAAAUCACUAAUUAAAUAGAUCAUUUAUCUGUUUAGAGACAAAUUUGAGACGUGAACAUUUUCUUUCAAGCUGUAAGCCUUAUCGAAACAUGUGGAUUCAUCUUACAUGACUCGUUCUUGGAAGCUAGCCUGUAGUGGCCUUAUAUUCUGCUGUUACGAUGGAGUUAUAAUGGUAACUAUUAAAGCCAAAAAACAUGGGUAAAAUUUCCGUACAGCCCCAUACUACAUUAUGCAUUCAGUUCUUGAAUAGAGAAAACAAUGACAAAAACAAUACAUUGUCAUUGGGAAAACAGAUUUGUUUUACAAUAGUAUGGGGCUGUGCGGAAAUUUUACCAAAACAUGGAGCCUUACACAAGCAACACUGAACAAGAUAUGAGGAGAGAAAAGAGGAAAAUAGAGGAAGGAUAUCAGUUCCAAUAAAUGCAAAAUUAACUGAUGGAGACAAUGAUUACAAGAGGUUAAGUUUGUUUGGGUUUUACAUACUGUGGAAAUUCAAAUCCAAUUUUUUUCCGGUUUCUUUUUUUGUCUCAGGCUAAAGAAGGACCAUGCAAUACAUCAAGACCAGGGUUUUGGGAUAUGAUAGGAAAAGCCAAGUGGUAAUCCUAAUUUCCUCCUUUUUUUCGUAAAUGUUUCCCAGACAUGCCCUGUUUGCUUUGACUUAGUGAAGUGUAACCCUAGAAAAAACAUGUUGGGAAGUGGCACUUUUCAAACCCAGGAGCAAUCUGGCCAUCUUCAGAUAUUUCUCUUACACAGCAAAAUAAUCAUGUUAAGAAUAAGAUUUCAUAAAAGACAGGUUUGCUUAUUACCUGGAUGACCCUAUAAUUGCAGAUUUGGUCUAAAACAAUUUUAGAUUCCAAAGGUACCAGUAUCACUUACAGUUGCAAGUGAAGGAAUUGACCAAGGUGCCAUCAUUCCCUUCUAGUUGAUUGUAAUCACAUGCAGUGAGGAUAAAUUCCUUGCAUAUUUUUUGUUUCAAACCUGCUCAGAAACUUAACAUAUUUUGCCAACCAAAAAUUGACUCAAAGUUUUUAUGGAGAUUUGAAGGCAAAGUAACCAUUGAUAAUGGAUUAUGUCUUCUAUCAUUAAAGGGACUCUUGGAAAAAACUUGGAGACAUGUCAAAGCAAGAAGCACUAGAACGUUAUAUACAGGAACUUUUUGAAACAGACCCUGAAUGGGAAGCAAAAUAUGCUGUCACUGAUGACUUGGUAGGCUACAAAUGAAUCUUAGGUCAAUGAAGUUUAAUCACCUGUCUGUCACCAAUUCAAGAAUUUCAGUCUUGUGACCACCAGUCAUAAGACUGAAAUUCUUUUUUCGGAAUUUUUCAUGUAGACCCCAAAGGAAACUGAAAAACCAGUUCACAAACAGACAAUGGGUCUUGCUGUUAGCACACUCAGAGGAAAUGAGGAUGAUGUCAUUAGGUCUGUAUUUAAGUAUGAUAUGUGUUUUAUAACAUGGAACAUUUAUUUAUUUUAGAUAUUUUCUGGGAUAUUUGCCUACACUAACCACAAACAGCCAAUAAUAUCAUGGCAAAACUGACCUUUUGGUUUUCAUGGGUCAGCAUUGUAACACUCAACUGACUGACAACUCUUCCUGAUCACAUUGAGGAAACAGCAGUUCCUUCUGGUCUGCUAUCAUGCAGACAAUCAGACCACACCAACAACCCUUUAUUCCCUAAGAGUGACUAGCUUCUAAUUUCCUCCUACAGUAUCAUAUAAAUGACAUGAGAAUAAAGGAAAUGAUCACCAAUUGUGCAAGCACAAGCUCGUGAUUAUCAAACAAAUUCUCCAUAUUAGUGCCAUAGAAAAUGUUGUGAGAAUAUCAGUGUCAGGAUGGUAGGCAAACAUUAGGGUGUUAAGAGUUAACUGUAUUUGAACCAUUUACUUUAAAUUAUGAUUACAACAAGGUUGAAUUAUUUUUAUUCCCAAGCAUGAUAUUCAUGCUCAUGCAUUGCAUUGAUUUUAGUCUGACCAGAUGAGAUUUUUUAUUGAAAAUGUUAUUCUUGAAAUGGUAGUGAUGCUAACAAGUCAGUGUUUGAUUGGUGCAAGGAGGGUAACGUUAAAAGGAUGGAUGUUCUUCUGAACAAAGGGGAGAACAUUAACGCAAAGGAUGAGCAGGUAAGCAAUUUUGACUGUUUCAAAAUAUAAUUUCUGAGCUGCAAACUCAGUUGGCUCCUUUGCAGCCAGUGUUACUGGGAAUCACCAUGCAUGACUAGCCCAAGCAAAGCUGCAUCAUUAGUGUUUCAGUUAUUAGAGGAUUCUAGUUUGACUUUAAAUUAAUGAAGACAGGAAUGUGUGCUAUCAGAUUAUUGUAUUUUAGUGAGGAACACAACUAAACCACAACUUUUUUUCUCUCUGUUCAGAAAUAUAAUAUGGGUAGCGACUUACAGGAGUUAAAAAUAUGCAUUCUGGUUGUGCAGAUCACACCUGCCAAUGAGUAGGGCAAAUAUCAGCAUUUUUCAGUGGAAUUUGGCUUGUGACAUGGUUGAAACGUAUGGUUUUUUCCCAGUGUAUGUAAUGUAAGAGACCGGGCAUUCUUAAGAGAUUACGUUUACUGUGGUAUAUGGAUAAUAUGCUUUCUCCUAGGGUAUGACUUUACUCCACUGGGCCUGUGACAGAGGCCAUGAGGAGGUUGUAACAUAUCUAAUAAAAAACAAGGCUGAGGUUAAUAUACAGGUAGGCACUUAAUGCUAUUCUCUGGUUUUUAAGAAUAAAACUAUUUUAACCAAGUCAAGCAUGCAUGGGUGGAUCCUAAAUAUGAUAUAAUUACUUUUUUAGGAUGCUGAUGGUCAGACACCUCUACACUAUGGUAAAUAACUCUAACUUUUUUUUUUGGGAAAAAAAUAUCAAUUGAACAGCAAGCAAGAAAAAAAAGGGACACAAAGAUCACAAAGCUGUGUUUAUUGAGUAAGGUUUCUGACGUAUGACUAUCACUUGAAAGGUCAGCUUUAGAAGCUCUUCAGUGCCCAAAUUACAUUGUCAACUCAGUUAAUAAAACAAAGUGUACCUUAAAUAGCUCUAUCCAGAUCAAAAUGAGGACUUAGAAGAAGACAAAAUAAUCUUUAUAUGGAAAAGCUAAUUUUAGUCUUAGCAUUUUUAAGUGUUGAAGUGUUGUCUUUGUUCCAAAUUGCAGCUGCCACCUGUGAUUUUCUGUCAAUAGUAAAAGAACUCUUACAAUGUGGAGGAGAUUCUACAAUUAUCGACAGUGAUGGCUGUCGCCCAGCUGAUGUUGCAGAAAAUUCAGAAUUAAAAGAACUUCUGAAUAUUUAAAAAAUGCAAGUUUUUAACUGCAGUUUAAAAAAAUAUUUGAAUGUUUUGCUUCUAAAGCUGGGAAUAUAUUUAUCGAGUCAAACUAAUGGCUUGAAAUGCAUUGAAAAAAACAUUUUCAAAAUUAUUUUUACUACAAAAAUGUUAAGUAUAUAUAUGUGAUAUCAUGAUAAUUCCAACAUGAAGCAAGGUGAAAGAGUAUCAUAUCUUUGGCAUUACUUACAUGAUUUUGCUAUUAUUUAUAUUUAUUUUGAAGGUUCAGAAACAUGAAGCAAUGUGUUUGUUAUUAAUAAAUAUUUUCUGAAAAUUUUCAGAAACAAGAGAAAUUGGAAUUUUUGAGGCUCAACCUUCUAUGAAUUUAUUGGAAAAAUAGCCUCUAAUGCAAUGAAAUAAAUAGUCAAACAGAAUCUAGAAUUGUACACUCCCCUUAAUGGUUACUCCUAGUUCAACACUUACACUUACUUUCCUGGGCCAAAUUGUUGGAAGACUAAUUAGCACUAAUCCAAGGCUGAAAUUUAAUGUGGGUCUUACAAGCCUUUUCAGGAUAAUUUUAUUGAUUCUUUUUAGAGUAUCCAAUAAUCAAAUUAUAGACAAAAUUUCUUAUAAUUGAUCUUGUUUUAAGCUUUUAGAUCAGAAAUCAGAUUUCACACUAAC